UUAACAUUUUUGUCUUGGUCUUUAGCAUGACUGCUACUUUCCUGAUGUCUCUGCUUUUUGGACUUGCAUUUGGACAAACAAUGUCGUUUUGUGUUCCAACUGAAUAUAUUAUGUACGUUGAACGAACAGAGUGUGCAUACUGCCUAAUCAUCAAUACCACCGUUUGUGCUGGAUACUGCCUGACUCGGGACAGCAAUGGAAAGAUGUUCCUCCCUAAAAGUGCUCUCUCCCAGAAUGUGUGCACAUAUAAAGACAUCACCUACAGAACAGUGAUGUUGCCAGGCUGCCCUCGCCAUGUCACCCCCUAUUUCUCAUACCCUGUGGCUAGGAGUUGCAAGUGUGGUAAAUGCAACACAGACUAUACUGACUGCAUACAUGAGAGUGUCAGGACAAACUACUGUACAAAACCACAAAAGCCCUCUUUGGUGGGAUUUCCUGUUUAAGAGAGCUGUGUGAUCUGCCGUUCAAGGUUAAAUGUUAACUCUACUUCACCUAUGUCAACUUAACUUAGAGCACCCAGUGAUUAAAAUAUUUCCGUAUUUCAUAACAAUUGUGUGUGACUUUCUAUUUCAUCACCUUCCCCUACUUCAAACAUGCAGGAACAUAAAAAGGAACUUUAAAAGUUCUUGAAAGCUGGGGGGAGGGGGAAGAUGGAUUAAGAAUUUAAUAAGCAGAGGCAGCUAGAUGAGCCAGUGGAUAUGAGCAUCAGCCCUGAAGUCAGGAGGACCUGAGUUCAAAUCUGGUCUCAGAUAAUUAACACUUCCUAGCUGUGUGAUCCUGGGUAA